AUGGCCCCUUUGAUUUUUAACCCCGUUCUGGGGAAAACCAUACUUGCUGGAUCACUUCAAACGGUGCAUUGCUCAUACAGUGGAUUACAGAGCCAGUACUUCGUCGGCAUUGUUCAUUUGGGAUUCACUGCGGACGACUACUCAAAAUUUGACAAAGCCGAGGGAAAAUUACACGAGCGUCACUUCGGUGACCUGAUUCGACCAGUACUACGGGAACAUGGUUUUGGUUGUCGAGUGCUUCACGUGUACUAUCCGGUACAAUCUGGAUUCAGUCGUAUAAGCUUUGAUGGUUUUGUGGAAAACGAAUGUGAACCACUCAUCUGGGAUUUGAGAUAUCUUCAAAAAUACAAAGAAACCGCUCAUGAAUUGGCAAACCAAAUCAAAACAUACUUAAGAAAAGCACUGAACGCAUCCAAGGUGCGGAAAAUCGAAAAGCUCACAUUUGCCUACUUCUUUCCCCGCACCGAUCGACUUCGGGUGAAAUUUUACGUGGAUAUUAAAAAUGCUCUCUAUUUUGACGGGGAUCAUGUGCCUAAUCUAGACCAAAGGAUCAAGCAAACUUUGGUUCGGCAAUCCCGAUGUUCGGGUGUUCGACUGAGUAAUUUUCACGUCGGGACUGGAAACAUUUUGAACGUGCCCGCUUCUUACAAGAGAAUAGCGGAAGAUUUGACUCGAUUUAUGAUGGCUUUCUACAAUUAG